AUGGCUGCUUUACAACAAGGUUUCUUCCAGCAAGUACAACACAAUCACGGGCAAGCAACUGUAAUACUACUCAAAGAAUAUGCUCAGCAAAACACCAAACUCUGCAACAUGGUCGUUCGCAAGGAUUUCCUAAUUAAGUGUCGACGUACUGGCGUUUUUCCCGCACACAUCGCAAAUCCUACCAGAUGCAUCCACCCACUUCUCGAAGAGCGUAGCCCGUACACACAUAAACUACAAAGGACAGUUGAACGUUUCAGAAAAUCUAUUUUGAACAUUGAAAUCCAGCACACCUUUUACAAAAUAGGCAUCCUCAAGAAAAACCUGCAUAACGUCCCAUUCAAUAUAGAAGCCGGUGAUACUAACAAUACUUUCGCCUCCAGAUUUUUUGUAACUCAAACCCAAUCUGCAGAGUCUAAAGAAAGGCAACUGCGGAGAAAAACUGAAUCCAAGAUCGAACGCUUAAUGAUCAAAGCCAGUGCACUAUCGGAUGCACUACCCGCCUACAACGAAAAAGCCAUCCUAAAUGCCACACAGAUCCCCAUUCCAACAGACAUGGCCACACUACUGAGCCUGGGUCCAAAGUUUUCGUUCCUUAUCAACGACAUCAAACAGAUUCCGCUGUACCACGUCAUUGCUAACCUGGAAUCUAUCCUGCGCACGUCUCAAGAGAAAGCAGUGCAGGAUCGGAAUAGAAGUUUGGCAGUCAAUAAAAUACAAAACUUUCUGUCUCGAUCAAAAUGUCAACAUAACAAAGACCCACUGAGCCAAUUCUGCCGCAACGCCGCCAAAACCACAAAAAAGUUUCUUCAAGAACACCCAGAAGUAUGCGUACUAGAAUCCGAUAAAGGAAAACGGAUGGUCGUCAUGUACACUGCAGAAUACGACCAGAAGAUGCAAGAUUUAUUGGAUAAUCCGACGUACAAAAAUACGAACAAAGAUCCCACUGCAACGCUUCAACGGAAAAACAACUCCCUCGUAAGUAAACUGCUCAACUUAAAGAUAGUCGACCCAUCCACCGCCGCCCGCCUUCGCACCUACACAGCCAUUUGUCCUCGUAUAUACGGUCAGCCAAAGGCUCACAAAGCCGACCUGCCGCUUCGCCCUGUUGUCCCCAACAUCACCGCCCCCACAUACGCGCUUUCCAAAUGCAUUGCCAGCAUACUGCAGAAAGCAUUCACAAGCGAGUACAACAUAACCGAUAGCUUCGAGUUCACGAGAUAUAUCAAUACGAUCACGCUUCCUCCGAAUCACGUUCUCGUAUCAUUCGAUGUCGUUUCAUUGUAUACAAACGUGCCCCAAGAUCUCAUAUGA